GAAGAACACGACAUCCAUUCAGUAUGGGUGCAUGAUUAUCCACUGAUGAUGCUGCCACUGUUUCUGAAGAAGGCCAAACCACAUCUCUUCGUGGGCUUUUUCCUCCACUCUGUAUUCCCAAGUAGUGAGAUCUACAGGAUCUUUCCCUUCCGGCAGGAGCUGCUUCGCGGCUGUAUCGCCGCGGAUAUCAUCGGAUUUUUCAACUUCCAGUUCCUCCGACACUUUCAGACGUGCUGUACGCGAAUAUUAGGUACUUACUAACAGCUUUUUGUUUUUCAGUUUGAUGAUGAAAUGAAAAAUCGGAAAAUAGAUGAUGGUCCUCUACUUUUUCUUUCUGGUAUUCAACAGAGAAGGACCAAGACCAUCAUGAGAAGUAAGGAGUGUACGCGUCGAUAGAUUUUGGUACUACAAUCUCUAUAUUUUAUCUGACAAGUAGAAGUAAUUUAUUAUGAGCUGGUUGUACUUGUAUGAAUGUUUAAUAUUAUCUGCUGCUUUACCGGCGUGACUGUUAUGACUACAGGUGUCCAGUGUAAUCGGUCGAUAGUGGAAGCGAGCAAGGAGACGCAGGGGAAAGAAACGAAGCUGGCGGCUAUCCCGAUUGGGGAAGAUUUUGAGCUCUACGACAAGUGCUUGAACUCGGAGAAUGCUCUGGGUCGAAUAGAAGAGUUGCGGCAGAAGUUCGGCGGCCGACGGGUGGUGCUAGGGGUAGACAUGAUGGAGGAGCGCAAAGGGCUGCCACACAAGUUU